CGGAAGGGAAGAGGAGAGGGGUGUAACCGUCGCCUCUCGUGCUUGGAUGUACUGGAGAGAGCACCAAACACCUUCACAGAGUCAUUCAGCAAGUCUACUGCCCUGCAUCAAACAGCUUCUUCCUGCCCUCCAUACCAGACAUGGAUUCCACAUUCUUACGCCAGUCAGUCACCUCCUCUUUCUGUUGGGUUGGCCUUGAAGUCCACAGACUCUUUCACCUUAGCACCAAGCAGAGCACCCAGCAUGGCAUCAGCAGACACCCUCACCCUUCUCAGUUCCCAGAGGCGUCAAACAGCUUUUUCCUGCCCUCCAUACCAGACAUGGCCUCCACGUUCUUACGCCAGUCAGUCACCUCCUCCUUCUGUUGGGAACACAACAUUAAAUGGACAUAUUAAAGAGACAAAUUUUGAGGUUGGCCUUGAAGUCGAUGGACUCCUUGUGUUUGGAGCCCAGCAGGACGCUCAGCAUGGCUUCAGCUGAGAUCUUCACUCUCUUCAAGUCUUCAGGUUGGCCUUGAAGUCCACAGACUCUUUGACCUUAGCACCAAACAGAGCUCCCAGCAUGGCGUCGGCAGAGAUCUUCACCCUCUUCAGAGCAGGUGGAUGCCACCAUCAUAAUUUAAGAUCUGUAUCAUCAAGAGGAAAAUCAACAUACCUUUAUUUUACGUCUGGGAAGAAAACCUGCUGAGACAUGGCCUCCACGUUCUUACGCCAAUCAGUCACUUCUUCCCUCUGCACAAAGAGAUAAGUUUGGCUUUAAAGUCAGCCUUCAUAAGUUUGGAAGUGUCAGUACACGCCCCCAGCAUGUCAUCUGUGGUUUUCUUCACCCUCUUCAAGCUCGGCCUCUUUGCCCCCUUCAGCUCAAUGAUCUUAAGAUUCAGACCGUCGAUCUGUGCCACAAACAUCACAACAAUACUGCAAUAGCCUGAUUGGCAGUUCUUUGCAAAGAUCCUGUCAAGAAAACCAGAUCUGUCAAGAUGAACAAGAACAACACUGAGGGACUGAAUCAGCUUGGUGUUUAAGUACCUGGAGCUCCUGGACUGAGAGACCUGACAGCUUCAGCGGAGGGACUCUUUGAAUCGUCUUCUCUCAGGACUCUGGACAAGCGGCUGGACUGUAAUCAACCAGGUCUUAACAACUGUAAAAUAAAUAACUGUUCAGAAGAGCGCAUGAUUGUCCCCAGAACUGAAGCUCCUAGUGGCCCAGAGUGGGAUUCUGAUCAUUUGGGGGUCUGGAUGGAUGAACAGGAGCCUGUUUCUAUUGUCAAUGUGACGUGGAAAUUGAAGGCGGAUGCAGGUGUAUUCAAACUUAAAGGAUCAGAGAUAAGGAUCCUGGAUGAAACCACAAAUCGAAGCAUGUGUGUGCAGUUCGCGUUUAAUAUUUAUACCCAUGUGCUGAAUCCAAAUGGAAACAGGUGGAAAUUUUCCUUGGAUGGAGUUGUGGUUGAACCGGGACAUACAUAUACAGUGUCAGUUCUUAAUUUGCCAGAGCCUACAGUUGGAGACCAAAAUGUUUCAAAGCAAAUGACCAUCCCAGGAUGUAGUGACAGAAGAUUCCAGUCAUCCCUACUGUGUCUGCAAAAUGGUAGUCUCUGGGACCCUCUCAUGAGCACUGACGUGUCCGUUGAUAAGGAACACAAAAAGAUAUCAAUCAUCGUGGUUUUUAAGGCGGCACAGUAUUCAGAGAAGUACCAGGUCUCCAUCCAGUGUCAUGGUUUAACACUUAACUCAGUGAAUCUUUUUAAGGGAAACACAACAUCUCUGAGUGUUACAUUUGAGCUUGGUUUGUGGCAGCUCUCACACUGUGACAUAUUGUUGAUAAUUCAGCCAUUUUUCAUUCAAUGCAAGAAUGAUUGUUUGCGCCUGGAGAAUACUCUAGAUUACUGCCUCUAUUAUCCAACGCGGACUGUAUUUGUAAAGGUUGCUGUUGGGCUCCUUGUUUUUUGUGUUUUUCUCGCUUUUGUAAUUUGGAGAGCAUCUCAUAAAGAGCGUGUCUCCACAUCCUGGUCUGCUGCCGGAAAACAACCAGAAAGCUUUAAAGUCCAGGAGAGGAAAAGAGUCUUCAUCCUCUACUCCCGUGACCACCCUUUAUACGAAAACAUCGUUCUCAAGCUUUGUGCCUUCCUAGUGAACAAAUGCGGCACUGAAGUGGUCCUGGAUCUGCUGGACUCUGCUAGACUGGGAGUGCUGGGGAGGAUCCAGUGGGUCGACUGGCACAGAGAACAAAUAGGAAAGUCGUCAGAUAAAAUCCUCAUCCUGUGCUCAAAAGGAGUACAGGCCAAGUGGAGAGCCAUGUGUGGGGACAAACAGAUUUUUCUGAGAGAGGAUGUCUGCUCACCUGUAGGUGACACGCUCAGUCCGGCUCUCAGCCUCAUGGUCCCCCAUUUCAUCCGAUCUAGGUCAUUUACAAAGUAUAUAGUGGCGUACUUUGAUGACAUCUGUUCUGAGGAAGACGUUCCCUCUCCUUUCCUCAUUACAGUACGAUACAAGCUGAUGAAACAGUUUGAGGAGCUCUUCUUCAGGAUCCUGGAUGCUGAAAAGCACAAACCAGGCCAAGUGAAUCUCAUUAAAGGACUAUCAGAGGGCGAGUACCAGCUCUGCCCCUCAGGUAGAGACCUGCAGGGUGCCAUAGAGGCUUUUCAGGCGUACCAGGUGGAGCAUCCACACUGGUUUGAUGAUGAGUUACUGGAGGAGGAAGAAAGCUCAAGUGCAAACACAACCAUGACAUACAAUUUGUGAACCUUACUCACCCCACGUCAUCAGUCACAUAAAGUCACAAGAGAACAUUUCAGAAACCUGCAGGCAGUUUGAUUAAAGUGAAAUCUGUUGAGAAAUUUAACAGUGCCAUAAAAAAAAACCAAAUGUGGCUUGUUUGUUUAUUUAUUCUUAUUUUCCUUUAAAUCUGAUUGUUAUUUUUGCUGAUAUUGGCAAAUACAUUCAUUAUUACACUGUAUGUCAUUCUAUAUUGCAUUAACUUGAAUAGGCAUCUACAAAUAUCCCCUUUGGUCUGAUUCAAAAAACACAACAUAAGCUGACAUGUGGUUGAACCAACAUGUAUAUUUUUCACUCAGGAGAAAUGUAGACACUAAUUUACAGUUUCCAAAUGAUUAACUAGACUAAAGUAUUUGCUAUUCUCUUCUGUGCAAUAAUGUUGAGUAUCACAUUGCUCUCUCUCAGGAGGGGAUUCCAGGGUAGCUUCAACCCCAGAGAUCUGUGCUUGAUGCUUUCUGGCUGUGUAAACAGCGGCAGGGUCAAAGUUCAGCCCCCAGGGCAAAGUUUGUAACAUUUCUGUUGCAGUGGAGAAGGUAAGCACUAAACCCUCUUUAAGGUGAACUGUGAUGUUUUUGAAUGUAUGUUUUGGUUAAAUGUUCAGCAUUUCUUAAACAGCUAAGAGCUUUUCUAGAAAUCUCUUAAUGUGGUUAACUCCUUUAUAAACAUGCAGUAUUUGGGCUCUUGUGUCUCUGAUCCACUCAGAGUCAGAGACUGAAGACAGAAUGUUUAUUGUUGGCGCAUUAUCUGCCAUUUAGACCUGAGUAAUACAUUAACUUUUGUCUCAGAUAAAUCACUCGCAGUGUAAUCCUUUUAUAUCACCUGAGUUUAGUGCAUACAUUCAGUGUUGUAGGGAAAAGACUUCAAACUGCUCAGGAAUGUGGCUGUCAGUUUCUGAGAGUGGCCCCAAAAUCGGGAGGGAGGGGGAGUGGGAACAAACUGGAGAACUAGGGCAAAGAAAAUCCUCACAAUGGUGGAGUUGGAUUUGUGCCUUGUAAUGGCUGUGAACACACUGCAGGGUGUGAUGAAAUUGUGAAGGCGUUUCGGUUUGAACUUCAAGAAGCUGAGUUAAUGUUGUUCAAUGUUUUGAUUUUGACAAGGGCAUCAUGUGUGUUCAACAUAGUUCUUUCAUGAAGGUCGGUCUAAGUUUGACAUAAGAUGUGCCGUGCAUUCUGAAAAGUUUCUAUCAAAUAAAGGGCUCUGCAGGGAGAGAACUCAGGGGGAGAGUUGUAAUUUACAUUUUUCAGUUCCUGAAUAUAACUUGCAAGGGACGGGUGUGUGAGGCCUGUUUUGCUUCCCCGAGUAUCUAAACCUACUCCAAACGAUCCAAAUCUUCACCAAAAAGUUUGAAUAUUAAAUGUGAUUUAAAAAUUCACAUCCCAGAUGGGUAGCCUGAAGAGAAGGAGUAGGCACGCUGGAGGGGAGGAAAUAGUCUGCAGCAUCGUGCAGGGAAACAAGAUUUGAGGCAUCAGCUGGCACAGAUUUUACACUGAAUUUAGUUGUCUUUUUCCUUCUCAGAAUCAUCUUCAAGAAUGAGAAUGCUGAAGAGAGCUUCUGCGCUCAUCCUGAGGAGAGGAGUUACAUUUUCUCAAAGCAGAUUGUACAAAAAUGACAGCCUCUUCAGAGUUCAUCCAUCUGUGUCCCAGGCUCUGGCAGAAAACAAACCUGUGGUUGCACUCGAGAGCACAAUCAUCACACAUGGGAUGCCUUAUCCACACAACCUGAGCACGGCAAAGGAGGUGGAGGCCAUUGUGAAGGCUGAAGGAGCCAUACCAGCCACAGUCGGAGUGAUCGAUGGUGAGGUUCACGUUGGUCUGUCGCCAGAGGAGCUCGACCACCUCGCCCGCUGUGAGAGUUCACUGAAGGUGUCCCGACGUGAUCUGCCCUAUGUCAUCAGCAGGGGACUCUCUGGGGGAACUACGGUGUCAGCCACGAUGAUCGCAGCACAUAGAGCUGGUAUCCCUGUGUUUGUCACAGGAGGCAUCGGAGGAGUUCACAGAGACGGAGAGAACAGUCUGGACAUCAGCGCAGAUCUAACAGAGCUCGGCAGGACUCCUGUUGCAGUGGUGUCCGCUGGUGUUAAAUCUAUUCUUGACAUCGGUCGCACGCUGGAGUUCCUUGAGACGCAGGGUGUCUGCGUGGCCACUUAUGGGGCAUCAAAAAGUUUCCCUGCCUUCUUCUCUCCACAAAGCGGAUUCACUUCUCCAUAUCAGGUCUGCAACCCUGAGGAGGCUGCAAAACUCAUCGCGAGCACCCUGUGUCUGGGUCUGCAGAGUGGGGUCCUGAUAGCGGUGCCGAUCCCAGAGGAGCAUGCAGCAGUGGGUCAGCAGAUAGAGGAAGCCAUACGUGCUGCGGUGACAGAGGCCAGUGCUAAAGGUGUAACAGGAAGAGAUGUGACGCCAUUCAUACUUCAGAAGGUCAAUGAGAUGACUAAAGGAAAGUCCCUCCAGGCCAACAUCGCUCUCAUUCAGAACAAUGCUAAAGUGGGAAGUCAGAUAGCAUGUGCUCUGUCAGAACACAUGAAGAAAACACAGGCGAGAGACGAGACUCAGCAUCAUGGAAAACACUCCUCUGACUCAGGAUCAGAUAUAGUUGUCAUAGGAGGAAUAAAUGUGGAUUUUAUUGCCAAAGGAAAACACAAAACACUUAUUUUCGGACAGACAAACAUAGGAAGUGUGUGUCAGUCAUUUGGUGGUGUAGGAAGGAACAUAGCUGACUCUCUGAGUCGGUUAGGCCAAAGACCGCUACUCAUCUCAGCCACUGGAGCUGAUUCCCACAGUGAAGCAGUGUUCAACUAUUGCAAACAUAUGAACACAAGUGGUGUGGCCAGGCUGGAGGACCAGAGCACCGCUACAUACUGUGUUGUUAUCACUGAGAAUGGAGAAAUGGGUCUUGGAUUGGGAGACAUGGACGUUCAUGAGCAAAUCACAGAGCAGUUUGUGUCACAGUUUGAAAAGCAGCUUGCUUCAGCCGCUAUUGUGUGUCUAGAUGGAAACAUUCCCGACUCCACCAUCAACUAUGUUUGUUCCAUGGCUGCUAAACACAACAUCAACAUUUGGUAUGAGCCCACUGAUUCAGAAAAAGCCCGUAAGCCUUUCCUCUCAGACGCCUGGAAGUCCCUGUCCUAUACAUCCCCAAACCUGGCAGAGCUGUUCACUAUGAACAAAACACUGGGCCUCCCAACACCUGAAGUGCUGCCUAGCUCUCCUGAGGAAGUGCUGAGUGUUGCUGUAGCUCUCUCACGCCCCCUACUGGAGCAUCUGCACUGUCUGGUGGUGACUCUGGGGGCUAAUGGAGUGUUGCUGUGCGGAGAGCAUGAGGCAGGCUCUGUCAACCUGCGGCCGAGAAAACAGCGGAGGAAGAGGAAGCUCUGUGCUCUACACUAUCCAGCACUGACUGUGACGGCAGAGGAGACAGUGAAUGUGUCAGGAGCAGGAGAUAGUCUUGCAGGUGCAUUGAUGGCUGGGAUUCUCCAGCAGCGAGACACAGACAGCUGUGUUCGGAUGGGACUGCUGGCUGCACGGCUGUCCCUAGUGUCACCGCACCCCAUCGCCCCUACGCUCACUUCAGAUUCUGUGGAUCCCAACAAAGUCCAGACUCACUCCUGGCCCAAACCCAGCUUCAUGUGGAUUGAUUAAACAUGUUUUCAGUUGUGACACAUUGCUAAGGAAAUGUGUGGGGACUGAAUCUGCUGGGCAUCAUUUUUUUUUUAUUUUGGCAAUGAUGUAAAAGAAAAUGAAAAUAAGUUCUCUGAGCUGCUCUUGAGUUCAUGAUAAAUCCUUGUAAAUAAAUUUUGAAACAGCAGAACAAGUUUCUUUGUUGUUUUCAUGGUGCAUAUUUCACAAGGUUUGUGAAUGAAGCACUCUGACCAUGUUCUGAAGACCAAUAACCUACUGAAUGUGAGUCCUGGAAAUUUUUACUUCAUGAUAAAAAGUCUAAAAGCAUGUGUA